UGUCCCGGGCGGAGCAGUGGUCCAAGCGGGGCGGGGCCUUUUGGCUGGGCGGGGCAUCUCGUCCUCACACUGGUCCUGACCGGCUCCCAGAAGACGGGACAGUGGGGCGCAGAGCAGAAGCCGAGAGGCAGCAGGAAUGCGCGCCCUCCUGCAGCCCCGGCUCCCGGGCCUGGGCGCGGUGCGGCCCCAUGGCAGGUAGCAGCGGCCUAGGCGGCGGGGCAGGGGGCAGCCUGGGCGCCGGGGGCGGGCCUGGGGCUGCACUUCGGGCGUCCCGUGCGCCUCUGCUGCUUGCCGCGCUGGUGCUCGGAGCCUACUGCCUCUGCGCCCUCCCUGGACGCGGCCCGCCGGCCGGCCGCGUCCCCGCGCCGGCCCCCGCGCCCGCCGAGCCGCCCCGCGCCGCCCGUAGCCCCGGGGUGCCCGACCUGCCUGUGGCCAGUGGCUCGGGCCGCCGGCGCUUCCCGCAGGCGCUCAUCGUGGGCGUGAAGAAGGGCGGCACGCGCGCCCUGCUGGAGUUUCUGCGGCUGCACCCCGACGUCCGCGCUCUAGGCUCUGAGCCCCACUUCUUCGACAGGUGCUACGAGCGCGGCCUCGCCUGGUACCGGAGCCCCCAUCCGCACCCUCCUCUGUGCCUGGCUGGCUGGGAACAGGCUUCUGAGGCCUGGGGAGGGAGCCUGAUGCCCCGCACCCUGGAUGGGCAGAUCACCAUGGAGAAGACCCCCAGCUACUUUGUGACCCGGGAGGUCCCACGCCGCAUCCAUGGCAUGUCCCCGGCCACGAAGCUGAUCGUGGUGGUGCGGAACCCCGUGAUCCGGGCCAUCUCUGACUAUGCACAGACGCUUUCCAAGACACCGGGCCUACCCAGCUUCGGCGCCCUGGCCUUCCGCCGUGGCCUGGGCCCGGUGGACACAGCCUGGAGUGCUGUGCGCAUCGGCCUGUACGCUCAGCACCUGGACAACUGGCUGCGCUACUUCCCGCUGUCGCACUUCCUCUUUGUCAGUGGCGAGCGCCUGGUCAGCGACCCGGCCGGGGAGCUGGGCCGCGUGCAGGACUUCCUGGGCCUCAAGCGGGUCGUCACGGACAAGCACUUCUACUUCAACGCCACCAAGGGCUUCCCUUGCCUCAAGAAGGCCCAGGGCAGUGGGCGACCCCGCUGCCUGGGCAAGUCCAAGGGCCGACCCCACCCACACGUGCCUGAGGCCGUGGUCCAGCGCCUGCGGGCCUUCUACCGGCCCUUCAACCGCAAGUUCUACCAGAUGACUGGUCAGGACUUCGGCUGGGACUGACAGGACUGGGUGGCCCACGCCCUGCCUGGGGACACUCAGUGACCUUAAUUUAUGCCUGUCACCUGGCCGGAGCAGGCUCUGUACACAUGCUGGACAGAGAAAAAUAUUUACAAAAAAAAGUUCGGAUCUGUGCUCUUCUACAAGCCGUCGUAGAGUGGGGUUGGAGGUACCACCUCCGGGGGGGAUGAUAAUCGUACCAGUUCACAUUGCUGGGCACCAUUCAUGCCAGGAGAGGUUAAAAACCCGAUCCUCAUCCAUCCCUCCAGGUGGGCAGUGAGCUUGGCCACCUGUCACAAGUGAGCAGCCUAGGCUCAGAGAGCUUUGGGGCCUGCUUGGCGACACAUAGCUCCGCCCUGGUGAGUCUGGAGGCCAUCCUCGGGCUCUCUUCUCAGCCCUGGAAUGCCAAGCUGGGUUGUCCCAUGUUCCGGAUGGGGAAGCUGAGGCCCCAGGUUGCCUGCCUGAGUUGAGGGGCAGGAUUAAAUCUGGGUCAGUCUGGCUCUUCAGGCUGCACCCAUGACCUCAGCUAAUUCCGCGUCCCUGUGCCUGCUGGACACUUCCUCCUGGAAACCUGGUGGAAUCUCUGGAUGGUGGGUGUGAGGUGACUCCUGUGUGCAGGGUGGUUCUGCUAACAGCCUCCAAGCAGCUGCCUGCACAGUCCUACGUCACCCACCCAGGCACUGCCCACCACAGGCUCCACCUACCAGACUCUGCAGGGCACGCCCACUCCCCCAGGCCCUCCGUGCCCCACUUCUGUGGUGUUUAUCCAGCUUCCUUCCCUGGGGAUGGGCAAGAAUGAACACCCAGCUACAGCGCAGCUGCCCGCUCAGCUCCUAACCAGAAUGAAGACCAGAUGCCUGACUGCAGCUGUUCAGGCUCUUUGAGGCGUGCCCCUACCACUAGUCUGUGGGCUCAUCUUGCCUCUAAGUUUCUGCCCCGUCAAUGUCCUUCCACCUGCCACGAUCUUUCCUACCUCAUGGCUUUUGCAUAUGCUAUUCCCUCUGUUGGAAAUGCUUUUCCCUGCAGAAGGUGCAGAUUGAGAGGGAGACAGCCAUAGCACCAGCAGCUGUACUCUCCCUCUGACUCAUUUCCUCCCUGGAGGGCCUUAGAGUUCCUUUCCCGAGCCUACCACUGUGACCCACUUCUCCCUUCCUGAAGCUUCUUGGAUGUAGAGCUGUGGGGGCCACUAGUUUGUCUGGAUUGGGGGCCAGGUUCAGGUCAGAAGGCAGACUCUGGAAGCAAUGAAAAGAAAGAGUGAACUAGCUUGUUCUGCUCAGCCUCCUCCCAGUGGAAACCAGGCUUAACGGCCAACGCCCAGUGCCAGGUGCCCAGCUGGGCCUCAGAACACACUGAGGGCAGAUGUGGGGGUUCUUCUGGCUGCGCGUGGGGGUGGGGCUCCAUGAGAGAGUCACCGGCCUUUAAUUAAAGUCCCUAAACUGCUUCUCCAGCUGUUCAGUGAGUUUUCCAUGUUGGAAUGUUCCAGAUGGAGUGAGCAAUGCUGAUUCAAUUACUCUCUUCCUGUUCCUCCCAAUGGAGAAGGGGCAGCCAGACUGGGAUGGGGUGGGUGGGUCUGGGGACUCUUCAUAGCCCUGGGUGUCUUAGAAGGGGCUUGGAGACGUCCAGGGAGGCAGACGCCCCAGACCUGCUAGCCAUGGUUGGUAUGGGUCGGGGACCCAGCGGGGUGAGGACAGUAUUCUCCACUCUGAGCCUUGCACUUAUAGGCACUGAGACCCUGAGCAGACCCUAAGGGCCCGAGUAGCCCCCGUAUCAGGCUGGAGACAGGGGAGGUGUUGGACCCGGAUCCGCCCUUCCACUGGCCCCCAAAUACUUUUCUAUCCUGCGUCUUCAUUCUAGACCGGGGAGGAGCCCCAGAAAGUCCCGGCAGCCUGAUCGGAGUCCUCCUGCUGCCAUCCAUGGGCGCUGGCUCCCUCCCUCACCAAGGAGACCCCACCAGCCUGGGGAUUCUCAGAGCAUAGCUGUGGCCACCGCCCUGCUGACUCCCGUCCUCAGCGGCAGUGGCCCCUCUUCCCAGGGCUGGGUCAGCCUCCCCGUGGUCAGAGCAGUCAGGGCUGGAAGGACCUGGCCAGUUGACUCCGCUCGCUCCCCUCUCAGGCUCCUACGAGAAGAGGCAGGGCAGGGCCAGGGGUGGGAAGGGAGAUGGGCUCUGGGGUGAGGUCUGGAUCCUGGGGGACCCCUCCGGGCAGCACCAGUGAACCCCCUUCAUCCCAGGAUGAGAGGUGCUUUGGGGAAAGACCUGAUCCUCUUGGUGUCCAUGGCUGGUCCCCGUGCGGCCCAGGGUAGACACGCCUGGGACCUGUCCCUCCAGCCAGAUACAGAGGCCCCUCCCAGCUUUAGAUGAUCCUGUUCCCAGGAGGGUGACAGGCCACCGUGAGAGGGCUUGAGUGAUACGUGGAGGGAGAGCCAGUUUCGCCUUCCAAUGAGCUGAAUCUCAUGAGGGAUCCUCGCCUCUUUCCUGGCUUCCUAGGCCCGAGCACCCCCGCCUCCUGCCAGCCCACUGGGGCCCCUCAUUCCCAUCAAGGAGCUGCUGGGCUGUGGUGACCGAAGGCGCUCCCCUGCACUGCCUCCAGGACGGCCAGGGACAGCGUGCAGACCUUCACGCCUUCUUCCGGGUGGCCACUGCAGCCCGCUGGGACUCUGGAUCCCCUCUGUGCCUCGGGAGCCGUGCAGUGUGGGCCUGGGGGUUUGCUGACACCAUGAGUCCACUAGCUCAUUUUUGUGGGACUCCCCCUUUCUAGAAGUUUCCUCUUAAAUUGGCAAGUGCUGACUCCUGAGGAUGCACUCCUUGGAAUCAAAGCCCACUUGGGGGAUGGGGGAAUUUGUAGUGGAAGGGAGUGGGGAGUAGGUUGGGGGUGGGAGGGUGGGGGGCAAAGUGGGAAGAUGGGGGAGGGAGGGGUGAUAGGGUGUGAGUUCGCAGUGGCCUCAGGAGCCAAAGAAUCCAUUUCAUCCACUUUUCCCCUGGGGACACCCUUUGGGGCACUGGGAACCAUGGGUCCUGGGCAUGGCCAUAGCAUAGCCAAGCCCUCCCUCUCCUGCAGGAAGCCCCCACUCCGGUGGCCUGGAGCCUUUGUGGUCCUCCCUGGGGCUCUCUCUGGAUCUGAACUUGCUUCUUCUCUCUUUCCUGCAUGUCCACCUUAUUUUACCGGAGGAGACAGACCACCUUCCAAAAGAACGGGAAAAACACAGGGGGCAGGUACAGUAGGCACCUCGAGGUUGGAGGCAGACAGAUGGAGGUCAGGUAAUGGAGGGCAGGUUUAGAAAACUGUGGCUAUAAAACAAGGCCUCUGUGUCCACACCCAGAAGAAGUAAAAACAAGUGCACAACUGGGAAGUAUAUUCAAUAGUCUGUGAUAAACCUUAUAGAAAAGAAUAAAAAAAAAAGAAAAAAUAUAUAUGUAUAACUGAAUCACUUUGCUAUAUAGCAGAAAUUGACACAUUGUAAAUCAACUAUAUUUCAAUUAAAAAUAGUGUGCAAAUAAAAAUUUAUACACCACUGUUCAUGGCAACACUAUUCUCAAGAGCCAAAGGGUAGAAUCAACUCGUGUCUGUCAAUGAGUGAAAGAAUAAACAAACUGUGGUCCAUCCAUGUGAUGGAAUACUAUUCAGCCAUAAAAAGGGAUGAAGUAGUGAUACCUGUUACAACAUUAGCAUGCUUGAAAAAAAACGCUAAGUGAAAGAAGACAGACACAAAAGGUCACAUAUCGUAUGACUCCAUGUAUUUGAAGUUUCCAGAAUAGCAAAUCCACAGAGAGAGAAAACAGAUCAAUGGUUUCCAGGGGCUCGGGAUAGGAGGGACUGGAGGUGAGCACUUAAUGGGUACAGGGUUCUCUUUUGGGGGAUGGAAAUAUGGAAUCGGGUAGAGGUUGUGGCUGCACAACCUUGUAAAUGUACUAAAUGCUGCUGAAUUGUUCACUUUAAAAGAGUUUAUUGGGACUUCCCUGGUGGGGCAGUGGUUAAGAAUCCACCUGCCAAUGCAGGGGACACAGUUUCGAUUCCUGGCCCAGGAAGAUCCCACAUGCUGUGGAGCAGCCAAGCCCAUACGCCACAACUACUGAAGCACACUCACCUAGAGCCUGUGUUCCUCAGCACAAGAAGCCGCUGCAAUAAGCCCAUGCACCGCAAUCUUGCACAGCA